AGCUAAAAGACCCGAAAAACCUUUUUUUCACAGUAUUUGAGACGAAUUUGUGCGAAAAUCAGGCAAGAUGAAGAUGAAUUAGUGCAUCAGGUUGUUCACAGCUUCAAUUUUUCGCAAAAAUACCAACAAAAUUAACGCUAUCGACUACUCGCCAGGCGGAGAAUUCUUAAUUUCCUGUAGGCAAAAACCUAAAAAAUAAGCAAUUAUGACGGACUUUGAUGGCCUUUGUCGAUUAUGUUUGAAACCGAGCUCCACAAAGAUGGUAAACGUAUCACAUUUCGACGAGCUAAUCAAACAAAUUGCCCGAUUAAGAUUAGUGAAACAUCCGAUGAUUCCACACAAGUUAUGCUCUACUUGUUCCGGCAUUAUAAUUGCUGCUGGCAUGCUGCGGAUUAAUGCUGUGGAAUCAAAUCGCUUCUUUCUGGAAUAUUUGGAAUCGAAACAAGAAAAACCUUUCACAGAAGAAGAAGUUCUGGAAUGGGAAGCGGAACUGGAAUUCGAAGAAAAACAACAAGAAAAAAAGGAUGACCAAAUAUUGGCACAAGAUAUUACGGAUGACAUCGAAAUGACUUUAGUUGGGGAAUUACAGGAUAGCGACGACACGAAAGAUGGUGGUUUUAUGAUAACAGAAUACGAUAUCAAUGGAUGCGAAACAAACUCUGGCUACUUCAUUAUUGGAGGAGAUGCUAAUGCAGAUAAUAAUGUUAUAACACAGGCGAAAAUUGCGGAAAUUGAAAAUAUGGAGCCUAAUAUUCAGCAGCAAAACAAGGAAAAAACGAUUCCAAUGCCACCGCCUUCGAAAAACUGUCGUCUUUGUCUCGUACAAUGUACCUAUUUGCCAGAGGAGAACGGAAUGCAAUAUAUGAAAUCUAUGGUUCGAAAAAUAAUGACGAUGAAAAAGUUUGUGAGCAGUCCAAAUGCCAGUGUUCCCGAUCGAUUAUGUGACGAUUGCAUGGGAAAACUGUUGAUAGCUAGCGACAUCGCAGAUAAAUCAAAAGCUGCAUACGAAUUCUUUCAUCCCAAAAUCUCUGCAGCUAAGGCGCCAUCUUUUUCCUCGACUCUUUGUUUCGUUUGUCUCACUGAAUUUGAUGACGAAAACGAGAUUACAAUUAUGACUACAACCAUUGAGUCCUAUUUUCAUCUUAUCGCUUCCCGAAACUCUGCAUUCAAAAAAGAGAUGGACAUCAAAAAACAGAUUUGUCUAAAGUGUGUGCACGACCUUGAAUUAACAAACACUAUUCGAUACAAGAAUUGGAAGACUGAAAAGGUUUUGGAACUGCAGUUUGGCGUAGUCAAAACCAAAUGUACCGGUCAAGAACGCCCAAUGUGGAUUUGGGACGAAAAUAGUGAUUCUGAUGACGAAGAGACUAGGGAUUUUACGAGUUGUUAUUUGAAUCCGCCGUUGCCACUAGUUGUAGACUGUCAGUAUUGCAUGCAACAAUUUACAAGUGAAUCAAAACUCAGAACACAUUUGAUAGAUGCUCACGUACCAGUUAGUCCGGAAUGUCUGCAAUGUGGCCUAAAGCUCGCGAACGAACGAGGUGCAAGAUUGCACUACAUGAGUGUUCACAUGCGCUUCGUUGAGGCAAUUUGUGACAUCUGUGGCAAGACGUAUCACUCCGCGAACAAAUUAAACAAGCAUCGACUAAUUCAUUUUGAUGAUAGAAAUGUAGCGUGCACAAUGUGUGAAGCGAAAUUCAAACGGAGAGACAACUUGAAAAUUCACAUGAGAGUUCAUUCAGGUUUCAAGCCCUUCAAGUGCAGUUAUUGCUCAAAAUGCUAUGCCCAUCACACAGACCUAAAACGUCACACAUUUUCCCACACAGGACAACAUCCCUUUAUUUGCAAGUAUUGUAAAAGCGGAUUUUGUAAAAAGGCUGAAUUAAAAGAGCACGAGGAGCAACAUAAUCCCUUCGAUCCAAAUAGAAAGUUGAAAGCGAAAUCAAAUAAUAUUCAUGAUAAGUAAUGGUUUUAAGUACAAAGAAAAUUAUUUAUUAUAAUAACAAAAACUAUAGAUUUUUUUAUAUUUAGUUAUGACACAAUUAAAUUAAACAUUUGUCGAUUGUCUUAAUGUACAAAAUGAUUUUUUUCACAAAAUAUCAAGCCUCAAAAUUAUAAACUAAUAAAUUUUCGACAUC